CAUGCGAUGUGACACUUGCCCACAUCUUGCUUUGCAGUUUGUUCUUCGCGAUUUAACAAUAAAUCAUUGUAGUGUAUUUGUGUGCCACUCUUAAUAUUUUAUCGUAGAUGAAGCGCAGUAAGACGAGUUCUCUUUUCAGUUGAUUGUUUCGAGUUUAUUAUAAUGUCAGGGGGAACUCGACUUGAAAACGCCAAUCCUCUGAUAUUUCAGCGAUCAGGAGAAAGACUCCUGACUGCCACUGAUGAAGAUGAGGAUGUAGCUGACCCCAUCGAUGACAGGGAGAUCUUCGAUCUGAUCAGAUCAAUCAGUGAUCCUGAACACCCACUGUCCCUCGAAGAGCUGAAUGUCGUGGAACAAAUGCGCGUUAAUGUGAAUGAUCAGGAGAGCACAGUGUCUGUGGAGUUUACACCUACCAUCCCACACUGCAGUAUGGCCACACUCAUUGGCCUGUCCAUCAAAGUCAAGCUUCUGCGCUCCCUUCCUGAGAGAUUUAAGAUUGAUGUUCACAUCACACCCGGCACUCAUGCCUCAGAGGAUGCAGUUAAUAAGCAGCUUGCAGACAAAGAGAGAGUGGCAGCAGCUCUGGAGAACUCUCAGCUACUGGAGGUGGUCAACCAGUGUCUGUCCACAAGAAUUAUGUGAUUCUUUUUCAUGUUUUUUUAUUUUUUUUUAAUAAUUGUAAUACUCAACAAACAAUACAAGAUCAGAAAGCCUUAUUUGUAUUUUCAAGUGAGUAUAUUUUUAAUCUUUAUGUUUGCUCAUUGCUCAGAUUGUGUAUUCUUGAAGCAUCCAAGUUGAGUUACAACUGGUAGCAAUAAAAUGAGUAACAGGGAAGUUAUAUUGAAAUAGGAUCCCCCUUUCUGUUUGAGGUUUCAUAUACACAGAAUAAAAAAAAAUCUUGUAACUAUGCUAAAUAUUUGUGAACAUAUAUACAAUAAAAUGAUUUUUUUAAUGAUAAUCUUACAGUAUAUUGAUACAGCAUCCUAAUACUAAGUAAUAUUCCUUGGAAUGAAAAAUAAUUUGUACAGUACAACUGAAAUAAAACAGUUGCCACUUG